AUGUCACAACAAUCACAUACUGAUGCAGCAUUGAAGAGAUUCGAGAUUGAGAACAACAUACAGUCAGUGGAUCGUGACUCUAUAUUCAAAUAUGAUCAGACACAAUAUAAUGAUUUCCUCAAGUCCAAGCCAUGGGCAAAGGACCCACAUUACUUCAAGACUGUAAAGAUAUCAGCGAUUGCUUUGUUGAAGAUGGUGAUGCACUCGAGAUCGGGUGGCAAGUUGGAGGUUAUGGGUCUGUUGAUGGGAAAGGUCGAGGCUCAUACUAUGAUCAUUAUGGACUCUUUUGCACUUCCUGUUGAGGGAACUGAGACCAGAGUCAAUGCGCAGGCUGAUGCCAAUGAGUACAUGAUCGAGUACUUGGACCUGAUCAGAAAGACGGGCAGACUGGAGAAUGCCAUCGGUUGGUACCACUCUCACCCUGGUUACGGAUGCUGGUUGUCAGGUAUUGAUGUCAGCACUCAAAUGGUCAACCAACAAUACAAUGAACCAUGGCUUGGUAUUGUCAUUGACCCAACACGUACUAUCUCUGCUGGCAAGGUCGAGAUUGGUGCCUUCAGAACCUAUCCACAGGGCUACAAGCCACCCAAUGAAGGACCAUCUGAGUACCAGUCCAUUCCAAUCUCCAAAAUUGAGGACUUUGGAGUCCAUUGUAAAUCAUACUACCCAUUGGACAUUAGCUAUUUCAAAUCAUCAUUAGACUCACAGCUGCUGGAUAAGCUCUGGAACAGAUACUGGGUCAACACCCUUUCAUCAUCUCCAAUCUUUGCCAACCGUGACUAUAUCACUGGACAAAUUGGAGACCUUAGUGAGAAGUUGGAGGCAGCAGAGGCACAGGUGAUCAACUCAAAGUCAACACUGUUGUUUGGAGGAGGCGGUGGCGAGAAGAAGAAGGAGGAGACACAGCUGGAGAGAAUCACCAGAGACAGCUCAAAGGUGUCGAUCGAGCAACUUCAAGGAAUCAUGUCACAAGUGAUGAAGAACAUGGUGUUCAAUGCUUCGUGCAGGCCAUCCACUGCCAAGUAA